GUCUGAAAAAAAAUAUAAAAGAACCUGUUAUUGAAGCUUUAAAUGAUGGUGAUAAUGGGAAAAUACAAAAACCAGCUUCUGCAGCUAAACGAGCUCCUACAGCUAAACAAGGUCGAAAGAAGAAGGAGCCUAUUAUCAAAGCUUUAAAUGAUGGUGAUAAUGGGAAAAUACAAGAAAUAACGACGCCUAUUAAUCAAAAGGAAAAUAACGAA